CUUUCAUCUCAUACUAUUCAGUUAGAUACAAGGUAUAGUACAGUACCACGCGGUUAGAGCUUGCAGGCAGGUGCUGACCUAGCAGGCUGGUGAGUGAUUGUCUAGACAAACUAUAGCAACGAUCUAAGUUCAACCACAAGAAAAAGGAAUUAAUUCGUCAAAUAUGAUUUACGGAUCGGUUUGCUGCUAGAUCGUCAUGACACGUCAGGCGGAGGAGUAGUGACAUCAUACUCUGGUACACAAACGAACACGUCACCAGACCCAUCAUCGUGCGGUUAGCAAAUCGGAAUGCAAUGCAUUUAGCCGUCUUAAGCAUUUCAUAAAUUGGGCCGGCCUAGUCAUCAUCAAUGAGGCGAUUACUAACACGAUUCUAAUCAAUUACGUGUAUGGUGUGGUCACGCGUACGGGAGCGGUGAUAACGCAACCAAACGAGUAAUCUCCUGCUACCUGGCCUUAAUUGCUUCAUUUCUAGUUUUCAAAGUGCUUGGAUCAUUGCUUGCCCUCUCCAGCUUAUUCUCUCGGUGUGUAUUGCUGACUCGAAGUUCGAGGAACAUGCAUUUUGUCUCUGUUUCUGUACUUUCAUUGUUGGUUUUCAUGUCUGCUGUUGCAAAAGGUGAUAGGCAUGCUUUUCCUAGUACUGGGAAAGCAUUUCUUUAUCCUGGCGUAUACUCAUUUAUCAAAGGAAAUCCAUCUAAAAAAGUGUUUGCUAACGCAUCUAAUGCUAUCGAUGGACGCAUCAAUCGAGGAGAGAGUGGUUAUAACAUGCUAGACAAUUGUGCUGCAACAAGCUACUUUUUUGGCCAUCAUCGAUCACAACAGUAUCUGAGAAUAGAUCUUCAAAGUCCUUACUACAUUUUUGCUGUUCAGCUCCAUUUGAGAGACAACUCAGUGAAAUACAAUUAUCGAUUACAACAAAAAGGUCUGGUUAUAGCUGUAAGUAACUCUAACGAUUAUUUUUGGCCGCGGUGCGAUUCUCCUUACAAAAACAUUCAAAGUCAGUCUCCUAUAUUUACUUGCCAGAAGACAGGACGAUACGUUUCUGCAGUUCUUCUCAAUAGCGCUUGGCCACUUCAAGUUUGUGAAAUCCAAAUACUGAAAAGAAUGGAUCUAAGCGGUCCAAACGUUGCUACACUUUACCCAAAUAGUGUGUUUACAGCAAAUGGAAGAGCGGCACUUGUUUCGAAUGCUGUAGAUGGAAGACAUAAUGUUGGACAAUCUGGAAGAUAUGGUGCUACCAACUGUGCGAUAACUAGUUGGAGUACUAAGAAUCAAACUCCCAAAUACCUGCAUUUUAACUUGGGUGGAGGUCAAGUUAUUCGAUACGUUAAGCUUCGCCUAAGAGAUGGAUUAAGACAAGGAGAUGUAAAACGAUUUGUAAAGCAGAGAGGUCUUACUGUCUUAACGGCUGUCACUGACAAUCUCACAAAAGCUGAUAGGUGCGGAAGACCCUACGAUCCUGUAAUACAAAAGCAGUCACCUUGGGUAUCUUGCAAGUCCAACAAUGUAAUCGGAAGAUACGCACAAUACAUUUGGGUUGUAUUGUACACAAGACAGCUGCUUGAAAUUUGUGAAGUUGAAGUUUUUUAUGCAGAUUCAGAAAUUCGCUGUGCACGACCAAAAGAUCCACCGAAUGGAGUGUACACAGUUUCUAGAUUGACUAGAGAAGGUCGUUUGUCACUGCGAUGCAAUAGAGGAUUUGCAUCAACUCACGAUGAUGAAGUGACGUGCAGUGAGUUGGGAUAUUGGAGUCAACCAUUACCGACAUGUCGAAGCGCUUCAUGCCAUGAACUUACAACAAGCAAUUUCUUCACUACGGGCAAUCCUGUUUGCACAGCUAAAUGUAAACAUGUUGGCUGUGUUGCUGAGUGCAAAUGCGAUGUGGGAUAUGAGACAAGUAAAAAUUCUACCCGAGAAUGUCAAUUGAAUGGAAUGUGGUCAAACUCCGAGUCCGUCUGUCGCUUAAAAAGAUGUAAGCCUCUAAGCGACCCUCGCAAUGGCAAAGUCAUUGUAAACAACCAAAAUUACGGCGCCGUUGCAAAUUACAUCUGUAAUCAUGGGUUUAACUUGGCUUAUGGGUCUAGUACAAGACGAUGUCAAAGUAACGGACAAUGGAGUGAAUAUCAACCCAUUUGUAGACAUGUGUGCGCAGCUGCAAAUUUGAGAAAUGCAGCAUCAAUUUGCUCUGUCAAGAACAAUGGAAGAGCUGUUGAGAGAUGUUUGGAACCGUCACAAUGCGGAUCUGGUCUCAACUAUGUUUGUGGCAUCAAUGGAAUGGAAUAUCGCAACAGAUGCCUAAUGAAAGUUGCAGCAUGCACGGAAAAAACAGAAAAUGAAGUAGCAGCAGAGGGCCAUUGCCACUACGGUGGAAUUUGCACUCAGCCAAAACCAUCUCCCAAAGACGGUGUCCCGUGUGUACAAAAGUUUUAUCGAUUCUGGUUUAACAGUGACACAGGAGCUUGCGAAGAAUAUGCCCAUGGAGAGUGUUUUAGGGGACAUAACAUUUUCUACACACUUGAUGAUUGUAAAAGAACCUGCAUUAACACUGAUAUAUGUACUCUUCCAUACGAUGCUGGUAAAUGCGACAUCAAAGCUACAAGAUAUUUCUACAACCUGAACUCCAGCAGGUGUGAAAAAUUUACUUACCGUGGCUGUUUUGGCAACGAAAACAACUUCAGAGACGCAGCUGCUUGCAACAAGAAAUGUUGUAAUUGCUCUUCUGUAUUGUCCAAAAAGAAAGCUCAAAGCAUCAGUCAAGCCAUGCUUCUAGUGAAGAUUAACUCUGCCACCCUAGACAAGCAAGGUAAAGAGUCUUUCAAAGGCAAAGUGAUGAAAGUUUGCCGAGCUAAAGCCGGUCGACCAUCUCAAGUGUCAGCUGGUCAUACAACACAUCUCUCAGUAGCCCUGACGACAAGUACUGCCGGUUGCGUGUGUCCGAUAUUGAGAAAGGGUUUGAUCUACAGAUUGGCAGUAGAAGUUACGAACAGAAAGACGAAGACAUCGUGGAAAAUGGGCAUCCCUAAAUCGUACUAUGUCAAGCAGACAGAUAAAUGCUAGACCAAUUGAUAUCUACCGUAUUUCAGAAUAUACUGUUUUGAUUCUGAACUGACGUGCGUCUUAAUUGAUGUUCGAGAGCCGUAAGUAGUUUCCAUGUGAUGUAGACAUGUUGUAAGCUUUUCAUUAGGCAAGGUCAUCUGUCUGUAGAGUCUGCGACACAUAACAAAUUGAAUCUCUUGCAAAAAUAAAAAUUAAGGCAGACGUGUUCUCUGGGUUUAGCCAAUUGGUGAGUACCGCGCCCAUAUCUAGUGAUGAUAGUCCUAGGAACGGCAAAAGGGGGAAGAGACUGGCUAGAGUCUACUCAAGUCAACACACACACAACACAAUUUAGUCACAACCUGACAGCUAGACCAUUAACCUUACUAGGCAACUUUAGACUUGACUGCGUACGUGUCCAAGUUACAUGAGUAGCUUGAAUUCAAAAUACUCUAAUACACUAACUGCUAUUACAGACUUUCUAGGUACUACUUUUCUUGAUACUAUAUAUAUUAUAUAAAAUCAAGUCACUUCUAAAAUGCAGU